AUGAUUGGUUCAUCAACAGUAGGCAAAGCCUCAUCGUCAUUACCAUUUUCUGCAGCGACUACAGAUGGUAAUGACAAAAAUAAAAUUAAUAAUGGAAAUACAUCUACUACAAAUUCAAUAACGACAAUUAGUAAAGAUGAUCCAGAUUGGAAAUCAAAAUUAAACAUUCCAGAAAAAGAUAAUCGUGCUAGAACAUCUGAUGUUACAAAUACAAGUGGUCAUGAUUUUGAAGACUAUUGUCUUAAACGAGAAUUACUUAUGGGUAUCUAUGAGAAAGGCUGGGAACAGCCAUCACCCAUUCAAGAACAUUCAAUACCCAUUGCAUUAACCGGUCGUGAUCUUCUUGCUCGUGCAAAAAAUGGUACUGGUAAAACAGGUGCCUACACGAUUCCAAUUGUUGAACGUAUCGAUCCAAAUAAAAAUGCUAUUCAAGCAAUAAUCUUAGUUCCAAC